UUUUUUCAUCUUCAUCUUCUCCGAUAUAUCCAUUCGUUAGCUUUUGCUAUGGCGGGUGGACAUGUCAUCCCCGUGGGCGAGACGAAGAUCUACCCCGGAAGAUUGACAUCCUACGCUUUGUUCGCUUGCAUGGUGGCUUCCUUUGGCGGUCUCAUCUUCGGCUACGACAUUGGAAUAUCCGGUGGAGUGACAUCUAUGGACACGUUCUUGUCCAAGUUCUUUCCGAAGGUGCUAGAGAAAGAGAAACACGUCGUCGACAGCAACCAGUACUGUCAGUUCAAUAGCGUGCUGUUGUCGACCUUCACCUCCGUCCUUUACUUCGCCGCCUUCGUGUCCUCUUUCUUCGCAUCCUCAAUAACCAGACGCCUCGGCAGGAAGAUCACCAUGGUCGGCGGCGGUCUCAUCUUCCUCGUCGGAGCCAUCGUCAAUGGCGUCGCUGCCAACGUCCUCAUGCUGAUCGUCGGCCGCAUCUUCCUAGGCCUCGGCGUCGGAUUCUCCAGCCAGGCGGUGCCACUGUACCUGGCCGAGAUGGCUCCGAUGAAGAUCCGAGGCACUCUCAACAUCAGCUUCCAGAUGAUGAUCACCGUCGGAAUAUUCGUGGCGCAUCUGGUGAACUACGGCACCUCCAAUAUCAACGGCGAUCUGGGGUGGCGGCUCAGCCUGGGCCUCGCCGCCGUGCCCGCCAUCAUCGUCACCGUCGGUGCCUUCUUCCUCCCCAAUACGCCCAACUCAAUGAUCGAGCGCAACCAAACCGACAAGGCCAGGACCAUGCUCCGAGAAAUCCGCGGGACGGACGACAUCGACCUCGAGUACGAGGACCUCGUCGCCGCCAGCAAGCAAUCUCAGGCGAUCAAGGAUCCGUUCAAGACUUUGCUCGGGAGGAAGUACAGGCCUCAGCUGGUGAUGUCCAUCGUCAUCCCCAGCCUCCAGCAGCUCACCGGAAUCAACGUCGUCAUGUUCUAUGCGCCCGUCCUGUUCAAGACCAUCGGCUUCGGCACCCAGGCCUCGCUCAUGUCCGCGGUCAUCACCGGCUUCGUCAACCUCGUCUCCACCUUCAUUUCCGUCCUCACGGUCGACCGCUUCGGCCGCCGUAUUCUCUUCCUCGAGGGCGGUGUCCAGAUGACCAUCGCCCAAAUCAUCGUCGGAACACUCAUCGGCUGGAAGUUCGGCACCACCGGCACGGGCUAUAUCCCCAAGACCUACGCCAUCUUCAUCGUCAUCUUCAUCUGCAUCUUCGUCUCCGCCUUCGCAUGGUCGUGGGGCCCGCUCGGAUGGCUAGUGCCUAGCGAGAUCUACCCCUUGGAAGUCAGGUCGGCGGCACAGAGCAUCACCGUGUCUUGUAACAUGUUCUGGACGUACGUCAUCGCCCAGAUCUUCCCGCCAAUGCUCUGUUCCUUCAAGUUCGGCCUCUUCUACUUUUUCGCUGCAUGGGAGGUGAUCAUGACCGUCUUCGUAUACUGGCUCCUGCCUGAGACUAAGGGAAUUCCAAUCGAGGAGAUGCAAACCGUCUGGAAGAGCCACUGGUUCUGGGCCAAGUACGUGAACGACGACAAUGUCGAUUCAGGACACGUGGAGAUCUCCAACGUCUCGGUCUAGUAUUAGGGUUUGAUUUUUUUUUUUUUUCCUAUUUCAAGGUUUCUGUAAUAACUAGGGUUAUGGGUGUUGGUCUUUAUUGACUUUUUUCAAUAGUUUAA